AUGGCCUCACACAGCAUGACCCAUCCUCCGAAGCACACGCUCCUGGCACGGGACAUCCUCAUCCUUUCCACGAUUCUCCAGAACGCCCGUCCUGGGCCCGAUCACAUCACAGUAAAACAACGACGCGGCGAUAAGCACCUCCUACAAGUCCUGAAUGUCAUCGCCUUCAUCCUAGCCACCAUAGAUCACAAAAAGGCAAACUUCGUUGCAGUCACGGGUCAUCUGGACAUCCACGGAAUCACCGCAUUCGUAAUGUCAUGCCACGGAUCGCCUACAGGACCCCCUGUGCGAGUUGCGGCAUCGGCUCAGAGAGGCGCUGAGCUAUUGUCCGAGAGCUCUGCUACCUUGCUCCAACGACGGUUUUCCGACUUCGACUCCUAUGUGGCAGAUGUCACCUCUGUCAUCCAGCACUUCUGUUCCCUACCGCCAGAGGAGAGCUUGAGACAGCACCUCCUCUUCAGGUUCAUCGCAUGCGAACCGAUCACCGAACAGCACUUCAAGCUUGAUCUGAGGCCACCUGAGGCUGAGACUCUGCUCGAGAACUGGGGUCUCUCGGUGUCUAGUCCCUCUACAGCUUCUAGCAACAACGUCGGCAAGUACAUGGUCUCGAGCGGCAACGCAGCGCAGUGGGCGAUGGUACUUCGAGACCUCGUGCACUCCUUGAGGACCACGCUCCGCGGAAUGGUUUUUGACGGACAGGACUCGUACGAAGUCGUCGUGUACCAGCAGCUAUGGGGGUAUAUGUUCCUCUUGAAGGUUCUCCUGUCAAGCGGCAUUGUUGCCCACCUCAUCACCAACGCUUUGAACAAUAAGUUUUCGGGGAUGCGCAGAAGGAGCGCCAAGCGUUUCUACAUCAGCAGGAAUGUAUCCACACACGAGGAGCGCGCGGCGGCUGACGCGGCUAAACGUGGGCACGGGGAUCAGUCGGGCAGCCAUGCGGAUGUUACUGGCUUCGGACAACCCAAAGUCUCAGGGAUGGCAGGCGACGAUGGCGAUGAAGAUCUUGCCUCAGACACGUGUACCGAGCACAGGGAAUCGCAGGCAAGGCUCCAUGUGGUUCAAUACCUGAAGACACUUGUGUCCGCUCUCGACAUCGUGGCCAUUUUGCGACAUCUUCGCAAGAGCUUACAGACAGACCCCGGUUCCUCGGUCUGGCUGAAGGUGUACCGAGUCCAGGCCGUCUCCGCUGAGCUUGCGAAGACGCCAUCAUCUGAUCUUUUAGAAGAGGUCCAAAAGAUGGUGCGGGGGUGCGACAUUACCCCAUUGCCGGACACGUAUCUCCGCCAAUUGACCAACGGUGCCGAUGGGAUGAACAUCGAUGUUGACGUACAUCCCGAGGCGGCGCUCAUGGGUCUCGCCUGGUCUAUGCGCACGGGUGCCGCCGAAUUCGGCGAGGUUGAGGAAGACUGCGAGCACAUGCUCAAGAGUGAGGCGAUACCGAUCGGAGUCUACAGAAAGCACUGCUAUUGUUGUGAGCUUCUUGCAAUGAGCUCGCUGCGCAAAAAGGGGUUAUCUCUCCAAGCAAGUCUGCCGGAGGAUGUUCUUCAGGUCAUCAAGACUCGGCUUAUGCGGGUGCUUGAGCGAGCCAUCUACUCCUAUCUCGACGCCCGAAUACCACAACCGGAGAUCUUUUUUCAACUGUAA